GCCGAUUUCCAAUCCGCCCACCAUGGCAGCGGACAGCCCUGGAGAACGGCGCGGCUUUCGGGCGUUCUUUGCCCAUGCUCUCCGGCCCAAAAAAUCUCGACAAGUUCUCCGCAAGGGCUCCUCCGCAUCCACCCCAGACCUCCGAGUCGAAUUCCAGCGGUCCAGCACGACCAGCGAAGAUGUCCCUCCGCUGCCCUCCCUGGCCCCAUUGGAGGCCCAUCGCCUCAAAUACCGCGAGAUCAAUGCCAACAAAGAUACUCAACUCGGUGAAAGCCGCGAUCCCACCGAAAUCCUGCACGCCAUUGGGGUUCAGGACCUCGAUCCCGCAGACCCCUAUGCCAACCCCGAGUACGACACUCGUCCUCCUGGCGAGCCCAUGAUCGCCAGCCUCUCUCCAACGCUUUGGGCCCUGAUAUUCGAGUACCUCACACCUGCCGACCAGGCCAGUCUGGCCUUCGCCAGCAAAACCUUCCUCUCCCUCCUCUCCUUCCAAGAUCCCUGGCAAGCCCUCAACCACCCCUCCAACCACGACUACCGAGCCGACUUCCUCGUCACACAAGACCGCCAAUAUCCACAUCACCUCCUCUGCUUCCCUUGCGCGCGCUACCAUGUCCGCACGCAGGAAGGCCACGAGAAGCUGCAGCCCGCCAAUGUAGUCAACCCGCUCUUCGACUGCCCGAACAUGCGCAACCCGCUCCUCCCACCCCCACGCCACCGCAUCACCCAUGGCCGCACCAUUCCCUUCACCUUUGUGCAGCUCGCCAUCCGCGCGCACCGCUUCUCUCCUUCCUACGGUAUCCCCGCGCAAUCUCUCUCCCGCCGCUGGCGCCGCGACGACUGGACCCAUCAUACCCGCUUCCAUAUCCACAAAGGCCAUCUGCUCAUGCGAGUGACCAGCACACGCUUCGCUGAUCCCGGUCUGCCGCCUAGCUCACAACGGCUCCUCCUCUACUCCCGCGAAGACUACUGGCCAUACUUCUCUGCGUGUGCGCACUGGCGCGAUGGCGAACUCAUGAACGCCUGCAAAUGCGCCCUCUCCCACAUCCCCGUUCCCCGGGACAACAGCGCCCUGCAGGGCCUCGAACACCGCGCCAAAGACGUCGUGGCCCGGCGCCUACACAACCCUAAUGCCCUGACCACGCUGUGCGGGAAAUGUCGUCCCAUGCGUCGCUGCCCGGAAUGUCCGUCUGAAUAUCUCAUUGAGGUCAAGUUGACGGAGGAUCGCGCAGAUCCGCGCGCUCUGCAUUUCCGACAUGCUAUUGUGGUCACGCGGUGGUGUGAUUUGGGCGAUGGGAGCUCUCCGCGGCUGUCGAGGGAAUGGGCGGCGUGCAAUGGGUUGUUGGAGGGGUAUGAUUCGUUUGAAAUGUUAGGGAAGCGGUCUAUUUCGGGGAUCUUUGAAUCCUCCAUUACGGAUGAUACGUUGCCUGGGCAGCGAAUUAUUUCAAUGAAUCCGAAGGGGAAAAAGUUGGGCGAGGAGGGGACGGGGUGGUAUUGAUUACCCUGUCUUAACUAUCUGGCAUUGUUUGUUUGCGUUAUGUUCUACUGGACUUUGAGCUAUGGACGGGAGUUGAUGGAUGGUGCAUUGGGACUGGGGCAACCGAUAUAGAUUGACAAUGGCGUGCAGGUGAUACUGUUAUAUUAUUCGGUACAUGAAAUCAUUUCGAUAAUAGGAAAUUAACCUAAUCACUACCC